GUUGCUUGGCUGGCGGGUCCCCGAGGUGGCUCGGAACCUUUCUUUCCGGGACUCUGUGGCGGCCGCGGGCGGAAGUCGCGGCCCGGCGGGCCGUGCGCACAGCUCGCUCUGCGGUUUGCAGUGAGGGACUGCCAGUGUCUCAAGCUCCUGGGACCUCUGAAAUCAUUCAAGCCUUAGGAUCUUUUGCUGUGUCCCAGGUAGCCUUGUUCAGCAUCUGUAACUUGAGGAAUUCGGGUCUGCUACGAAGAAACAUCAAAACUACAAGCUCAGAGGGGACAUGGCUGCGGAUACGAAUUUCCAACAGAAGAUCCAACCAUUGGGUGCAGAGGAGCAGCGUGGGGCCUGUGAGAGGUGGAUGUCGUUUGAGGAUGUGACUGUGGACUUCAGCCAGGAGGAGUGGCAGCACCUGGACUCCGCCCAGAGACGCCUGUACCAGGACGUGAUGCUGGAGAUCUACAGCCACCUCUUGGCAGUGGGAUACCCCAUUCCCAGCCCCGGAGUCAUCUUUAGGAUGGAAAAAGGAAAGGAGGCACAGGCAGGGAAAGCUGAAUUCACAGGCCAGCAGUGUCCAGAAAAAUCAGAAAUUGAAACCUCACCACAGAGAGUAUCUGAGGAAGCUUCAGUUCAUAGUGAUAUGACCAGUGAAGUCACAAGAAAUGGUUUGUGGUGCUCACUUUCACAAGAACUAUGGCAGGAUUCUGACACUGCUAAGAGAGAUAAACAAAACCAGAUUCUACCCUUGCUUCCUGGCACCUUCCUCAAGAAAACUCUGAGCACAAAUAGUGGACAUGAAUAUCAAAAUCCCAGGGAAACCAUUCCUUUGGGACCCUACCUCAUUUCUACACAAGAGAAUCUUCCACAAUAUUGCCUACUUCCAAAAAGUUUGGGGCUAAACCUCGGAGCAAAUGGUCAGAAUGAAAGCAGUGUCACCGAACAGCUUAUUAACAUUGUCGCCUCCAAUCAGCUCCUGAUAGGAGGCUCUUGUAAUGCUAACUGUGUGGCUGCUCAUGGAGGAGAAUCGUGCAGAAGUACUGGGAAUGGAGGAGACAUUCUCAGCUAUCAACAACCACCGGUACAUGAAAACCAUUCUCAGGAGAAAGCAGAUCAAGGCUCUCGGUGCGGGGAAGUACUCUAUGCCCUAUCUUUGCCCAAACCUGAGAUCACUCUCACUUUGGACAGACCUCUUGUUUCUUUCAAUGGUGGGAAGGCCUUCCUUUAUGUGUCGGGUUCACCGAAUUAUCCAUUUCAGCUGAAGGUGGGGUGUCCAGUUCACCCUGGAGGGGAGCCUUACAGAUGCAGCCGCUGCGAGAAAACCUUUGGUACUAAGGCUGCCCUCCAAGAGCACGAGCAAGUGCACACAGAGGAGAAACCGUAUGUGUGCACACUGUGUGGAAAAGCCUUCAGAGACAGGUCUGCUCUCUAUGAACACGAAUUGAUUCACAAGAAUCACACGCCUUUUAUCUGUGACAAAUGUGGGAAGGCCUUCUUACGGAAGUCAGAGUUGAUGUCCCAUAAACAAAGUCACAACGGAGAGAAGCCUUACAAAUGCAGUGACUGUGGGAAGUCCUUUAAGUUUCCAUCCCAGCUGAAGGUGCAUCGUCAAAGUCACACGGGCGAGAAGCCUUAUGAAUGCCACGAAUGUGGAAAGUCAUUCAGCAAAACAGCCAAACUCAAGGUGCAUCAGCGGAUUCACACAGGGGAGAAGCCUUAUGUGUGUUCUCAGUGUGGAAAGGCCUUCAACCAGAAGUCAAUACUAGACAGACACGAGAAGCUUCACCCUGGGGAGAAGCCUUACAGCUGCAGGGAGUGCGGGAAGUCCUUUAAUUACCCGUCCCAGCUGAAGGUGCACUGCCACAGCCACACCGGGGAGAAGCCGUACAAAUGCCACGAGUGCGGGAAGUCCUUUAACUUUCCGUGCGAACUGAAAGUGCAUUAUCAGAACCACACAGGAGAGAAGCCUUACAAAUGCCGCGAGUGUUGGAAACUGUUCAGUAAGAUGUCCCAACUGAAGGCACAUUCUCGAGUCCACACAGGAGAAAGACCUUACAAAUGCAGCCACUGUGGAAAAGCCUUCUCUACUAAGGAACAAGUCCAGGAGCACGAGCGGAUUCACACGGGGGAGAGACCCUUUGUGUGCACGGAAUGUGGGAAAGCCUUCAGUAGCAGGUCAUCUUUUCGUAAACAUCAGUUAAUUCACACUAAAGAGAGGCCUUUCGUCUCUCAGAAAUGUGAGACAGGCCUCCAGGAGUCGACUUUGACCCCCCACCAGCAGCUUCAUAUUGGCGAGAAGCCUUACAAGUGCCCUGACUGUGGGAAGUUGUUUAAUUAUCCAUCCCAACUGAAAUCACAUUAUCAAAUCCACACAGGAGAGAAGCCUUGUAAAUGUCUUGAUUGUGGGAAAUCAUUUAGUAAAACAUCUCAACUGAAGGCGCAUUCUCGAAUUCACACAGGGGAGAGGCCUUACGUGUGCUCUGUGUGUGCAAAGGCCUUCAAACAAUUGUCAACAUUGAGCAGACAUGAAAAAAUUCACCUGCUUGAGAAGCCUUACAAAUGCAAUUUUUGUGGGAAAUCAUUUUGUUCUCCAUCUGAACUGAAGGUGCAUCUUUUAAUUCAUACGGGAGAGAGACCUUACAAAUGCAGCAACUGUUGGAAAGCCUUUUGUACUAAGGUCCAACUCCAAGAGCACGAGCGAAUUCACACAGGAGAGAGACCUUACGUGUGCACUCACUGUGGGAAAACCUUCCGAAGCAGGUCGGUUUUCUCUAAGCAUAAACUGAUUCACAGGAAGGAAGCGCCUUUUGUCUGUGAGAGGUGUGGGAAAGUGUUCUUACACAAGGCCGAGCUGACGUCCCACGUACAGACGCACACUGAGGACAAGCCUUAGGGAUGUCGAGACGGAGCAUGCCGUCAAAUUACAUGAUGAAGCCUCUGUGGGAAAGUCUUGCUUCCUGAUGCCCUACGCAGGCAGCAUGAACACAUGACAUCACCCAGGAGAGACCCUCUGUGCUGAGUGGGGAGCAGCUUUCAGUAGCAGGCUAACUUUCUAGACAGCACACGUCUCAUGCUAGGGUGUGUAGUGAUACUUUUAUGAUCUAGCAAAUAAAGCUUUCCUGAAGAUCAGAGUACAAAGUUAGCCACACUAGUCAGCCAUACAGGCCAGGCAGUGGUGGGACACACCUUUAAUCCCAGCAGCCACACUAGGCCAUAGAGGCCAGGCGGUGGUGGUGCAUGCUUUUAAUCCCAGCACUAGAGAGUGUAAAGUGGGAGUUGACGGGAACUCGCUCUCUUUUCAGUGUGAGGAUUUCAUAGAGGCCAGAGCUCUCUAGUGGCUUGACUGCUUUGCUUUUCUGAUCUUCAUGUUGAACCCAGUAUCUUCUGUGGGUCUGUAUUAGUCGUGCUAUGAGGGCGAGACCUUUGUCUCUUAACUCAUAUUGAAGAGAAGGUGUUGGAAUGCCACAAUUGGGAAAUCAUUACUAUAUCACAGAUCAGUCACGUCAUCAGUUCAUGGGUUGGGAUGCCCUAGGUGUGUUGUGAAUGAAGAAGGUCCUAAAUAGGACAGAACUCAGCAUAUAGACUACAGGUUUUACAGGUGCAGUUUUAUAGAACAUGGUUUAUUGAGAAAAAAGUUCCUAGCUUAUUAGUAUAUUCCAAAAUGAAAUUUAUUUCUAUUUACUUGAAGUUCUUUUUAUAUGCCAUCUAAUUGCACAUCACCUGAUUAAUAUUACAGAAAAAAAAUCUAGCUAUGCAUUGUUUAGACAUAACAGACAUUAUUAUGCAUGAGGAAAGUUUUUAGUCACAAAUUAACUAAUAAUGAUAAGCACACUUGUUUAUAUUUGUCUUGUUAAACAUGAAUUUCAUUUCAGGUUAACCUUGACUAAUUUCAGAAGUGUUUUUAUAGACUAUAAGACACAUUUUACCAAAUUAUUAGAAAGUUUAUGGGAAAUUAAGUCAGUGAUAUUCCCAUUUAUUUGGGAGUCCAGUAAAAUCCUUAACUACCAGCCAUGGUAAUUGUAGGGUGAUUAUAUAAAUGGGCAUGUGUAUGGAGUGUGUGUGUGUGUGUGUGUGUGUGUGUGUGUGUGUAUACGUGUGUGUAUACGUGUGUGUAUACACGUGUGCCGGUGUUUGGUCAGUGCCUGUAUGAAAUUGUUUGUAGUCCCACAAUUUUGUGGGAUUUCCUGUAAAAUUAACUGCAUACUAGAAGAGGGCAGUUUAUUAUUAAGAUGUACAUUCAUUUAUUUUGUAUAUAUUUAUGUAUACAUGCUGCUAGGUGUAUGUGGCUGUCAGAAGAUCAUUGAACUGGUAAGAGUCAGUAAUCUCACACCAUGUGGAUCCUGGGGUUUGAACUUGGAUUGUCAGGCUUGGUGAUCAUUAAUUACCUUUACCCACUGGAACAUCUUGCUGUAACUAUUAUUUUUACUUUUUAUUAACAGUCUCUAUCUACUUGUACCAUCAAUAAUUAAUACUUUUUUAUUGUACGGGUGUACUUUGAAUAAAUGAGAUCUGGGGCAUUUACUGUU